GUUUGAGUGUGGUUUUGUGGAUUUAAAAUGAAAUUGUGGAAGUAAUGUUGUGUGAUCUGAAUAUGUCAAUUAUGUGCAAACAAUGCCAAUGAAAGUGACAGUGUGCUUUGACAAAGUGAAAGUCCUUGUUCCAUGCGGAGAUGGUGAGAUACUGGUUCGUGAAUUGAUUGAGAAGGCCAUACAUCGGUACCGAAAAGCUCAGGGAAAGCCAUCUGACCACUGGGUGAGUGUUCACACACUACGUACUGUCAGUGAGGACUCGAUACUGGAUCCAGACGACACGCUCUGUGAUGUAGUGGACGAUAGAGAACAGCUGGUUGCAGACUUUGAGGAGCAAGGAGGACCCCGCCACCACCACAACGGAGGUGAUGGACAGAGUGUCAGCUCUGCGGGGACCGCCAGCCCGGAGAUCUUCACCUCCGACCUGACCAAUCACAAGUCAGAUCACCAACGAGGCUUCUCAUUAGACAGCAAUCACGAUGUGAUUGUCACAGAGUCUGAUAUUAAUUCGGGUUCAGGUCUGAAGGUGCGACGGGGCAGUGAGCCAGCCCUCAAUGUGUUGAGUGAUGAUGAGGAGGAGGCUGGGCGGAGUCUGAAACCAUCCAGCAAGAGCCAGGGAGACCUUGCACUGAGACAGGAUGAGACCAGUCCGAGCCAGAAUGAAGCACACAAACCGGUCAUACGGGGUCAGCGAGAGAAAGAGAAGACGCCACCAUUCUCAAGGUUUGCGCGAGACUCCUGGCGACAGUCCCUUGGUAACCAGCCCAACAUGUUCAAGUGGCUUGAGGCCCAAGAGCGACAGGAAGACCGGAUCAAACAGACUGAGAGGCAGGGGCCAGUGGGCAGUGCAACCAGUCCAGAACAUGACACUCCAGUUAUAUACCACACAUAGGUUGGAAUCCUCAUAUGUCUUGUAAAUGAUGGGAGCCCACUGGGUAUCCAUGUUGUUCCACACUUCAACGAAGCAGGACGGGAGAGUGGCCUAUCAGUCCAGGGUAUUGAGGAUGGAGGUCGCAUCAACCGCGAUGGCCGUCUCAAGGUGCAUGAUCGCAUCAUCGAGAUCAAUGGACAUGAUCUCCAUGAAAUAUCCUUCCCAAAAGCUCAGGAAAUAUUUCGAAAUGCAAUGAAGACAGAUGAAGUGAAGUUGAAAGUCGUAAAACACUCAGUGCCACAAAUGCCCAAAAAACUCCCUCCAAUGGUUCUACCCAAGCCAAGGGGUCACUCACCAACUAAGCCCAGUCCCCUAACUUUACCCCCUCAAUCUUACGACCUAGAUUUCCCGGACUCCAGUCCGACUGAAACCAGUACACCCUUGGAGAAAAAUGGAGAUCACAAUCUACACAACCAAUCAAGUCCAGUGUCUUCCAGUUCUGAAAAUAGUGCAUCAACGAAAACAAACUUUCCUGUAAAGGCCCUUUCCCCUGUGGGUAGACGGAUUUUACCGCCGACUCCUCCCAUGCGACAUCCUUCAACAACUUUGAGCACAGGUGAAAGUGGGUCAGAAGGGAAAAAUAAUAAAAAUAGUGCUGAAACAUCAGACGCAGCAGGAAAGGUUCAAACUGGUGGUCAGGAAAAUAAAAGUGAUAGUGGUGAGAAUAGUGUAAAUCCAACAGCUACUCCUUCGGGAACUUUGACUAAAAAUCGCAAUAAAAAAAUCGCACCAACAAACACUAAGAAAAUAGGCAAGUGUAUCGAGAUUGAACUUGUGAAAGCUCAGGAAGGAUUAGGGUUCAGUGUGACCACACGGGACAAUGCCACCGGCGGUCCCUCACCGAUCUACAUUAAGAACAUCUUGGCGAAAGGGGCUGCUGUAAGUGAUGGACGAUUGAAAGCUGGGGACAGGCUACUAGAGGUUAAUGGUGUAGAGAUGACCGGUAAAACCCAGCGCGAUGCAGUGGCCAUGCUGAGAAACACACCUCUUGGUUCCACCGUUCUCAUCGUGGUCUCUCGACACGAGCAGGAAAUGGACGAGGAGGAAACCACGCCCCAGGAUGAGAGGUUCAGGGUGCCCCGACCCUUGCAUGACUCUAACACCAGUGACCUUGAACCCAACUCAAAUGACCUUGAAAACAUUCCACAAGGUCACCUUGACCUUCAUGACACUGAUGGAAUUUUCCAGCCCCCUGACAAGGCUGGAGAUGAUGGCACGUUGGCGGUGAUGAAAAACAAGGAGCUCAUAGAGUUUAACAUUGCCCUUAACGAUACGGGGUCAGCAGGGUUAGGGGUCAGUGUAAAGGGCAAGACCCUUACGACAGAGGAAGGGACUCGUGACCUGGGGAUUUUCGUAAAAGCUGUGAUAAACGGUGGUGCUGCUUCGAAGGAUGGUCGUCUGCAAGUGAACGACCAGCUUCUUGAAGUGAACGAGGUCUCGCUGAUCAAGCGUACAAACACCGGGGCCAUGGACCUUCUACGUAACGCUAUGCAAAUAGAGGGGCCGGUUCCAGGCAGUAUCAACAUCAAGGUCGCUCGAAGAAUAGGGGCACCAUCUCCCUCACCUUUCACCUCACCAGGAUUGGAGGAAUCCAACUGGGGCGUGCCACCUGGGAAGGAGUUGAAUAACAACGAUUCAUUCGACAAUAAUGAUCAUGUGACUAAGGAUGGGCUGGGCACCCCUCCACGGACAGCCAAUGGGGAUGUGAUGGGGAAUUUUAAAUCUCCUAAUAUGUUCUUGGACAGGAUAAUUGCGGGUAAUGGGCUGAGGAACGAAUCCUACACUCGGGCAACGCAUGAUAGCUAUGUGGACUCACCCGGGCUGCCGGGUAGAAAGAACAUCAUUGACCUUACAAAACAGCGUCCCCGUCCUCACUCAACGCUGGGCAUCGAGCACGGUUCCCCCAGUGAGAGUUCUGACGAGGAGAAUAAGGAACCUGCCUGGAUCAAGGGCCCGGACUGGAACCGGCAUCCAAGCCAGGCUAGCGACGAGAGCGAGCUGACCCCAGUGGGUGAUGGAUUUAGUCGAGACGGUUUCGGUCGACAGAGCAUGUCUGAGAAACGAAAGGGUCAUAUGGAUCCCCGAAGCAGUGAGAUUUAUCAGAAAGUUAGGGGCCUUAAAGAGCUAAAUAAAGGCAUUCAGCAGUCGAUACAGAAAUCUGGCAGCUAUCGACGUCUCGUGCGCGCAGAAUCUGCGGAGUCUCUUCUUAGCCGUUCCAACAGCAAUAUCAAUAGCUCGAGAACUCUCGUGCAUGAAAAAUACCGCUCAAACAUUCGAGGACCUAAGCCUCCAACAAAUCUAAAGCGAUUCAGUUCACUGGAAAACCUCUCCACAAUGACUCCGGAUCAAGACCAGAGUACGAGCCUAAGUUACGAUGAUGAUGAAGACGAGGGGGUGAGUCCGGCACCAAGGAUGGCGCGGCGGCGCGGCGGCAACGAAAGUUUCAGAGCUGCAGUUGACCGCUCCUAUGACCCGGUUCCACGGCUGGAUAUGGACACAUCGGGUGAUCUAGUUGCCAGGGAUACCCCAGGGUUACAGCGCAGUCGCUCGGGUAAUAUCGCAUGUUCCGUCUCGUCAGUACAUCAUGUACCGUCUGAUAUUUGCAAGUCGCUUGACUAUAUAUUCCAUCUCACUGAAGUGGAGGAGGAAGGCAGUGAGGGUGGGUCAGCAGGCUUUGACCCCACAAAUUCUGCAAGGUCAUCCGUUAGUGAUAACGUUUUCGGUGAGGAUGGAAAGAAAAAGGAAGGAAAGAACAAGGAAACAAAGAAAUCAGGCGGAUUCCUCAAAGGCUUGUUCAAGUUUGGAGGAGGCAAGGCCAGGUCUAAGACCCCUGUGGAUGAGGUUGGUAAGGGCAAGCUGCAGCUAGGGGUCCACAGGCCCCCUGCCCCUCACAGUACGGGGCUGUCUGCGCCUGUCCUGUCUGGGCCCCGCACGGAGGUCACCGGGCCUCGCACGGAGGUCACCCAUCGGGAACAUAUGGAGUAUGAAGAGCAGAGGUGGCGAGAGGCGCAGGCACAACAUGACAGGGCGCAGGAGAUUUACCAUCAAGAACAGCAGCAGUAUGACAGAGAUGGGCGGGGCAUGAUUGCGCAAUUAUACCAUGCAUCCCCUGACCCCCACAGCCUGGGACACUCCUCCCCCAUUCAUUCAGACCAGCCUGUGAAUCGUGCUGAGCGUAUUCAGCAGUUGCGAGCCGACCACCAGCGCCGCCACCAGGAGCGCCAGGGCCAGUACCCACAGGAGGAGCGGGAGGAGGAGUAUGAGAGGAUCAUACAGGAGCAGGAGAGACAGGGAGCUCGCUAUACUAGUGACCACGAAUAUUUCUUUUACCAGAAAUAUGGGCAAAGUGCAAUACCUAGUCAACUGGAAGGUCAAGGUCAGAGGUCAAGACCUUCCAGCCGGAACCAGACAGAAAGACCCAACAGUCGACAAGGCCAAGGCGAGCAGUUGCCUGCUGGUAACUAUGGCAACUACCAGGACCCGCCACUGUCUGGUGCAAGGCACGUGAGUGACUCAAACGUGGCAAAAUUCAGCAACGUCUAUCGACCAGCAUCCAGGGGAACCAGUUCUUCCUCCAUGGAGACGAACAUUCAUAAUCCAUCAUAUCAACACAACUAUGUGAAAAACUCUGUUGUCAACCCUGUGCAGCCCUUUGACAGACUGCCAAAUCAUCCGUUAAACAAUCAGCGUGGUACCCCUGUUCAAGACCACGAGAGGAUCUCAAACUAUAGAAACAUUGCAGGUGGGCAGGGUCAGAAUAACUCAAACUACCAAGUUGUGAACAGAAAUACACCAACAAAUUUCACUCCACUUGAAAGAAGGAGCAUUGCAAACAAUUAUCCAUAUAGACAGGACCUUGAUCCCCCUCCGAGUUCUGGUAGCUAUGGUAACAGUGUCUAUGGUUACAGAGAUCCUGUGUUUACAAGCAUGGCAGGAAAGCGGCCUGUGCAGACCUUGCAACAGCAGCAACAACAGCCAAACUCUGCAAAAGUGUGACUAGCUUUCAUCUCUUGAUUGUUCUUGAUUUCAUUACACCAGCCAUUUUUGUCUGAUAGUUUUCUGAACACAAAUAAAUUUUCGAACGUUUUUGAAAUUCUUUGUUAAUAUCAUUCUUGUUAAAGAAUCUAAAUGGAACAUUUAUCUUGUGGAAUGAGUCUUUAUUCCAUGUAUUCAUAUAAGAAAAAUAAAAAAAUACUUUUUUAAACAGGAUGUCAAAAAGGGCAGUAAAUUUCUGCAAUUACUGAUCUUAAAAAGUGAUAUUUUUGAUGACAUACUGCUAAAUUACUUGCAAUUCUCUUGUAGAGGAUUUUUUUUAAUAUGCUGUUUCUUAAAAAGGUGUUAGUUAACACCAAUGGAAAAUGAAAAAGGCAUCAUAUCGAAUUGAUUUUGUUAAGAAGAUUAUCACAAAAUGUUUUAUAUGUUUAUGCAUGAUGCAGCAUGAAAUCUAAGAGUGAUUAUAUACUAGUAAAUAAUUUUUAGAUUGUAUAAAUUUGUGUAUCUUUAUUACAAAACAAUGAACAAUUCAUCUAUGAGAACAUUUUCUCCAAAACUGUACUAUAACAUGAGACCUUAUCUAUGGGAUAUUUUACUGGCCUAGGUGAAUAUAAAACUUGGCCAUGGUUGGUUAAAAAGAUAGUGAUUGAUAAUUGGAAGAUUUUGCUGCCAUAGAAUAUUCAUUUAUUUCUGAACUUACAUGUAUAAAUUGUGAUUAAAAUGAACGAUAAUUUAGCCUUAAAAUGUUUUUAAAUUUAGAAACAAUCAUUGGUUGUGAGAAUAAUGUGUAUUGCAGGGGCUACUUUUGAUCAUUUAAUAUUUUUUCUUAAUUACUGUUUUUAUUGGUUGUGGAUCACAUGAGGUACAAACACUUAAUUGCUUAUGAAAGAAGAUAAUUUUUGAUUGCUUAUGAAAGAAGUUAAUUUUUGAUUGCUUAUGAAAGAAGUUAAUUUUUGAUUGCUUAUGAAAGAAGAUAAUUUUUGAUUGCUUAUGAAAGAAGUUAAUUUUUGAUUGCUUAUGAAAGAAGAUAAUUUUUGAUUGCUUAUGAAAGAAGAUAAUUUUUGAUUAAGCUUUGAGUUGUUCAGGCUAGGUUAAAGCACCAUUCAAAUGCAGUAGGAUGAUACAGUAACAGUAUAGACAGUGCUUUGUAAAUUGCUUCAUACUAGUUCAUUUUCAUUUGAUUUACAAAGUGAUUUAGUUUACUUAAAUUAGAGUGAGACAUUUUUUAAGACAAAGAAAACAUAAAUUGGCUGGGUGUUAUUAGAUUUUGUGCAAUAGUAAUAAGGUUAGUGACCGUUAUUUUGAAGGUGUAUAACUGUAUAUUGGUUGUUUUGAAGGUAAAUUGGUUAUAUUGGAGGAUGCGACAAGCGAUUGUCGUGUUUGGUUCAUAUUUGAUAAAAAAAAAUAAUGCUCAGAAAAUUUAUUUCAAGAAGUCACGCUUAAAAAAAUCCAUACCCUAUGCAUAACAAUAUGAAAUAUGCAGCUAGUAGAUUACACCUUAGUGCAUUUUUGUCAUUGUAUAUAAAAAAAACACAAUGUCACCUUAAAUAAAUAAAUAAAUUUUACGUCAUACAGAGUCAUUUUUAGCUAGAGAGGAAACCAACCAUACCGGUAAUGCAGGGUUUUACUAAUGAAAUCUGAAAUCUGAAAAAUGUCAUUCCCUUCACAAACAAUCAGUAACCAUUCCUGGCUUUGGAAUGAAUAUGAGAACCAAUCGCAAUUAGCAAAACAGAUUAUUAAACAAAAUGUUUUUAAAAAGUGUUGUCUAGUAAAGUUACACUGUUAAAUUGUAUAAUUGGAAUAAAGAUCCACAUUGUUUCUUUCAGUAACAGCACAGAUCCACAUUGUUUCUUUCAGUAGCAGUACAUGUGCAUGUUUUGUUGAAGUAGUUUGAGCAUAGCACAUUGCUGUAUUAAUGUAUUCUUUACUUGGUUCCUAGAUGAGUGUACAUCAUUGUUGAUACUCAUUCCAUGGAUCAUUUGUCUUGCAAUCAUAUAUACCAUAUAAACAGAAACUAUUUAUAAACUGUUGAUCUUUUCCAAGUUUUAUGUCUAUUUGAGCCUUGUUCUGAGAAAACUGGGCUUAGUGCAUGUGCGUAAAGUUUCAUCCCAGAUUAGCCUGUGCAGUCCGCACAGGCUAAUCAGGGACGGCACUUUCCACUUUUAUGGUAUUUUUAGUUUCAAGGACGUCCCUCCUUACCGAAAAUCAAGUUUAGGCAGAAAGUUUCAUCCCUGAUUAGUCUGUGUGGACUGCACAGGCUAAUCUGGGAUGACACUUUACACACAUGCAUUAAGCCCAGUUUUCUCAGAACAAGGCUCAUUUUUACGUUUGUUGUAUGUAAAGUAUUAUCUGGACAGAGAUUCAAAUCCACUCCAUUUUACUUUGUAUCUUCCCCUCACCUAAUUGUGAGCCUCGCUCUGGGUAAACAGAGUGUGAUGCUUGAGGGUUAAGUGUAGUCCCAGAUAAGAGGACUAUUUCCGCUGUAAUUGUUGCUGUUAAUUGUUGCCACCUGUAGGGUGGCAUAUAGCAGUUGAACUGUCCGUCAGUUCGUCCUUCAGUCUGUUUGUCCCUCUGAAAGCUUAAACAUUGCCCAUUACUUUUUCAAUAUUCAAGAUAGCAACUCGAUAUUUGGCAUGCAUGUGUAUCUCAUGGAGCUACACAUUUUGAGUGGUGAAAGGUCAAGGUCAUCCUUCAAGGUCAAAGGUAAAAAAUAUGGCUUCGAAGCGGCGCAGAAGGGGCAUUGUGUUUCUGACAAACACAUGUCUGAUUAGUUUCAAGGAAGUCGCUUCUUUGCAAAAAUCCACUAAGGCAGAAAAGACAAAACUGCAACAAAACUUUACACACAUGCAUGAAACAUCCUUUUCCCAAAGCAAGGCUUAUGUAAAUAGACACCUUCUGGGGCUUUAUUCAAAAAGAUCCGUUGGGAUUAUUUAAGAAAGUUUUUAAAAUUCAUAAUAUUCUUUCAGUCUCCGUCUAUUUUAUCUGAAUUUGUUUUUACAUAACAUGAAACAAUACAUAUUGCCAAAAUUAUUAUAUAUAUAAAUAUACGUUGGAUAAAUUAAGAUUUGUUUAAGGUAGCGCACCUCUAAUGAUUUCCUGCGAUUUCUUCGAAGGUUGAAGAGCCUACUAUUAGGUGCCGUAGCCUAGUGGUUAAGGCGAUAGACUAGCAAUCUUUUGGGAUAUUCCCGCGCAGGUUCGAAUCCUGCCGACGACGUAUACUUUUUUGCGACGUGUUUUAUUUAUUUUCUAACCUAAUUUGAUUUAAUAUGGCAUAUAAGCUAUAUUUAUUGUUAAAUAUGUUGCAAUUUUUAUGCACAUUCUUCAAUUAUUAAAAUUAAAACAACGUUAUGGCGAAAUUGGGUGAUUUACUGUUGAAAAUACGAACCAUGCAUGUUGCAUUUUUAUUUUUAUUUCAAAAAGUAAACGGUAAAUCUGUCUAGUUCUUGGUAUUUUUGCUGUAUAUAGUGUUUCUAUAAAAACUAAGUUUAAAAUUUGACUUAAAUGAUACUAUUUUGAAUUUUAUGAUACUUUGUGUUUAACCGACCCAAUUUUUACUUGGCUGAAAUCACUUACAUUUCAUGGCGCUCUUCCAUAGAUAAAAAUUUGUAAAAAAUAAAUGUCUGUAAAAGAAUACUUAUUUCAUCUUGUUUAAACUUUAAACACCUUUACAGCAUCUGUACACACCAACUGCAUGCCCAUAUUUGGAAAUUUGAAUGAAUUAUGGAACUUUUAUAUACCCCAGGGGUGAAAAUAAACUGGACAAAAGCCGAGCAUGGGGGUGGUUUUGAAAAAAUCGGUAUAUUUUUUUAAAAAGCAUGGAAAGCCUACCUACAAAUUUGUAUGUAGUUCAGUGAAAUUAUGCUGAUUAAGAAAAUAAUUAAUUAGAUUAUAUUUGGAUAUGUGCCCAUUAGAGGUGCGCUACCUUAAGGAGCCCUCUAACAUAAGUCAUCAUAUUUUGGUUAAACAUCAUGUAAAUUUAACUAGGUACUAAAAUCCCAACAAAUAUCUGUUAAAAUGGGGGAGUGGUUUUUAAUGCAAAGGAUCUAGAUGCUCUGUCCAGAGGGUUUUACUUUUCAUCCAUUAUGUUCAUCUCUGUGCAAUCAAACAGUGGGGGUGGGAGUUGUGUGCCUUUACAACAGCGGUUGUUUUAACAUUAACACUUUCUGUGUUUUCUUUUACCUUUUUAAUGUUACGUGUAACAGCGUACAAGACACUCAUUUGUGUUGCCUUAAUAGUGCAUAGAUGAUCACCAUAUUCAUGUUUUCCUUUGAAGCUAUGGUUGUAGAGCCUUCCAUGCAAAAUGAAAAAACUCUAAUGCUAGUUUUAGGAGUCUGUACAUAUUGAUGUAGGGUAUCAUUGUCUCAACAUCAAUAUUUGGUGGCUGUAAUGUUUCAGCAAGUGUUUCCUUGAGAGUGUUGUUAUUAAUUACUUUGUAGGACUCAUUAAACAUUUUGAACUUUCAGUGCUACAAUCUUGUAAAAACAAUGUCAUAAUCCAGUAGAAAUAAAUAUUGUGUUUGAUUUUACCAAGAAAGCUCAAUUUAUCAAGCAGUUAUCCACACAUGCUAACCAGGGACAACACUUUCCCCUUGUAUGAUAAAAAAGUCUCUUCUUAGCAAAAUUCCAGUUAAAGCAACAAGUGUCAUCCCUAAUUAGCCUGUGCAGACUGCACAGGCUAAUCUGGGACGACACUUUACGCACAUGCAUUAAACCCCCCUUUUUCAAAGAGCGCAGCUCAAAUGGUAAUCUAAUUAUCACCUCAUUAGUAUCCUUUUUUGGAGAUUAUUUAAAUAUUUCAAUGUUUGCUUAUAAAUAUUUAAGGUUUUGUAAUUGUUUAAUGUCUGUGACAUUCUAAAACAUUCUGUUGACAUGUACCUGUAUAUCUUUACAUAAUAUUUAUGUUUGCUUAUCCAAUGUCCGAUUCAAUGCUGAAUUGCAUGCCAAAUUACAUGUGUUAUAUAUCUUAAACGUUGUACAUAAGCAUUAUGGUUGUCAAACAUGAAAGUUGUUACGUAUAGUAUUCAUUACCCAUUUCUGGCAUGUAUAUUUUAUAUUUUUGUAUAGCCAUUCAGUAUAUUUUACGAUCAAAAUAGAAAUAUUGAAACAUA